AUGCAAGCAGAAAAAGAGCAAGCACCUCAAGAAAAGACAUCCACUACGAAUGCCUCCACUUCCAAUGAAGAAAAGCAAGCAUUGAAUUUCAAGAGCCUUCAUUUUGGCUGGUUUGUAGGGCACGCUUUGGUUGUUCUCAGUGCUCUCGCCUUCGCCAUCUCCAAUCUCGUAUUCCAUCCCUUGGGGUUCUUUUACAGAUUGGCUUACCUUGGUGUGAUAGCCUCUUAUGGUAUUGUGCUUUGGAAUUCAUACAAGCCCUUGACCAACAAGGAAUCCUAUUUCAAACUGAUGCUGUUGGACGAGAAUUUCCAAUAUUUGAUUAUUGCCGUCUUCUUUUUAUUCUCCAGAAGAGUAGCAGUUACCUUGAUACCAUUUUUCAUCUAUUCCGUCUUCCAUGUGCUUGAUUUCGUUGACGCUGAUCUCAUCCCUCAACUUGCUCCUCAUCAAACCAAGAUCCAGUCUCAUAUCCAGAACAUUGUCAGCAAAUACUAUGACACAGCCAUGAUUCUUGUUGCCAAGAUUGAGGUAUGUGGUGUUAUGACGCGACUUGUGCUCGGACUUUUUGUCUUCCGAUCCAGCAUUUUGUCUAUCCUCGUUUACACCCAGUUUCUGCGUAUGAGAUAUUACAUGUCUGAACACACCCGCGAGUUCUUGACUGAAUUGGGCACCAAGGUUGACAAGGCAUUGACCCCACCCACAGCUCACCCCAAGAUUCCUCCUGCUGUCGUCAAUGCAUAUGCUACAGCCAAGGAAAAGUUGAGAGUGGGAUCUACACCAGCACCUGCAACUACAGCAAAGAAACAAUUGUAA